AUGGUCUCAUCUUUUCAAGCAAGUACUUGGUUCUGGGGUGGAUAUGGAACAGGCUAUGGUCCAAGCCAUCAUCGUGGUGAUCUAGAUGGAAUUACGAACGCUUUGGAUUAUAUCAAAUCGCUAAAUGUCAAUGCGAUAUGGAUAACACCAAUUUUUGAUAGCAACUAUGCUUACAAAGGAAAGCAACUCCAGUCAACUGGCUACUUCUGCAACGAUUACUUCCAUGUUGACAAGCACUUUGGUGGAGAUGCUGCAUUCAAGAGAUUAGUUGAUGCCUGCCAUGAAAAAGGUAUUUAUGUCAUUCUUGAUGUUGCCUUUGGCCACAAUGGUAAAGUCAAAAAUCCAUCACCAUCCGGAUUGAAGCCAACAGACGAAUUGGCCAAGUUCCCAGAAUCAUUGGAUUACUGCCUUGAAGUUAUCCAGUACUGGACAGAGAACUACAACGUUGAUGGCUGGCGCUUAGAUCAAUGCUACCAAUUGAACCAAGAUGGCCAUAACUACAUGCAUGAAAUCAAGCAGUUCUUCGAGCGUCUCUGCACAAAGCGCAAAGCAGAAGGCCACGAAUGGGGAACAUUAGGCUACAUCGUUGGUGAACAUUGGGGUAAAGCCGACGAUAUCAGAGAGAUUACCUAUAAAGGUGAUGGUCUUCGCUCUGCUUUCGAUUUCCCAGCGCGUUUCGAUUUGUUAUCUGCAAUUGCUCAAACAGAAGAUGGCACAAAGGGUGGAAUGGAACAGCUUAUUACCAUGUUCAAGCCAUUGAACGAAAGGGGAUAUCUUGAAGAUUCCAUUCCGAACAUGUUCGUUGGCAAUCAUGAUUUAUGGAGACUUGGAAACUUGAUCAGAGAAGGCCGUAACCAAGAUCAGUUCACAGAUGCAUAUUGGAAUAUCCACAAACUUGCAUUUUGCCUCCUUUGCGCUUACACUGGUCCAAUUACACUUUAUUACGGUGAAGAAAUCGGUGAUAUCACAAACGAAUGGUACCACCAGGAGCACCAUUUCUGUGGUGAUCAUGUUGCAUCUGAUAACUGCUCAAGAACAAAUGGCCAAAUCAAGAAUUUCAAUUACAGGCAAAAAGAUCUCCAUGACUUUGUCCAGAUGUUGAUGCAAUUGAGAAGAGAUAAUCCAGCUUUGUAUAGAGGCACUGACUCUAUUACAAUCCAAGGAAAUAUCAUGAUCAACUACAAGUACGAUGAAGAAACACAAAACAAGAUCAUUGUAAUGUGCAAUAUCGGUGAUGAUUGGGAAACAGCUUCAUACAAAUGCGAUCAUUACAAGUUGAAGAAUCUUUUCGAUCCACAGUACAAAUUCGUUCAGGAAGAAGAUGAAACAUUCAAGAUCCCAGUUGAAAACAUGACAGCUGUCUAUUUCCAAAUUGUUGAGUAA